CCUAAUGGACAUUCUUGAUCCACCCGCUAGGCUGGGCGGAUGGAUUCUGCUCGGGUUCAUGGAGGAGUGGUUGCGGGAUCCUCGGAACACGCCUGACGAGGUGGUACCGAGGCCGAUGGUUCCUCACGGCGCGCCGGGGUGGAGGAUGAUUGUACCUAUGAAGGUCAUAGUGGAGACGCUGGUCUAUACCUUGGCUCAGGAUGCAUACCCCCCUAUGGUGUUGCCCCUUGUGUGGGACUUGUACAACGGGGAGAUUGAGCUUUCCUUCGACCAGCCGAUCGCCAUGCAGGUGAUCGGUGCGUACAACAAGUACAAGAAGAAUUGUUUCCGGAAACUUGCGACAUUCGAACUCUUCGACGUCAAACUGGGGAAGUUCCGUCCUGCGUCCGUACACCGCGCUCCCGGCUCCACCUCCUUCCGUCUGCCGCUCCCCCUCACCUACAUCCCCGUCUUCAAGGACUCAACCCUCACCAUCGUCGAGGACGCCGCCGAGCACUCACUCGGCAUUCAACCCUUGAAGCCCAUGUGUUCGAUGAAGAGGAACAUCAUGGACCUCGAGUUCCUGUGGCCGGUGGACAUGCCGCAGCGCCGUCAGCUCAUACGUGCUGAUUGGCAUGUCGAGGGGCAGUGGUGGGGCUCGCAACGUCGGCUCGCGGCCGUGCGUCCGGUGCUGGGCGAGGUGGGCUGUACGGUGGAGGAAGUGAAGCUGCUGUCAGACUGCCGCUCAGAUCUUGCGCCAUUCAGCCAGGACAUUAGAAAGUGCGUAGAUGUUGAAUUUGAACUUGUGGGCCUGAGUUGCGUGCGACAAAUCUGGAACACGGACUGGACGUACCAGACCGCCCGGCAGGGUAGGAGCAGCUUCCCGCUGUUGGCGGCACAGAGUACGUGCCAAGUACUAGUUCAAUCGGUUGGUAGAGAGGAGGCGCGACGCGUGGUGCUGAAAGCGAGUAGUAAACCGGUCGGGGCAAGAGUGCGAAAGGGCGUUCAAGUUGUCCGGUUGCAGAGGCAACAGUCCGGCCGGACCCAUACAGCAUCACUGCAAACAGGCCGGGUGGAGGGCAGGGUUAGCAUACACAACAGAGCGGCCGGCCAGUCCACGUUGCAAACAGAGUGGCCGGACUCAGGCCCCACCACUUUAAAUGUUCCGGCCGGGAUAAAAUCCUUUCAUUGCAAGCGGACCGGCCGGAGUGAAAUCUAUCUGGUCCAGGAUGGGUUCUCCAGCCUAAACAAACUGACUCCACAACAGGCCGGCCGGGCAGGAGUUGUCCUGCUUCAAACGGUCCGGCCGGUCACAGUCCCCUGGGGCUAUUGA